CGGUGUAUGUGAGCAGUGAUGCGAUGCAAUGCCAGCCAAUGCCGACGUGUAAUGCAUUGACUGAAGGCUUGUUUGCGUGAAAACGACAGCAAAACACGUCAAUAGGUUUUGGCAUCAAAUCAGUCACUCAUUCAUCAAAAUCACCGCUCAGUUGAUCCAUAGUUGCGAUGCAUUUGCCGACACAUUCACUGUGUGUGAUGGCAGUGGUGAUGACCAUAUGGUGGUCGCGAGUGGACGCCUACUUCCUGGUGAUCGACGCUCACGCCGAGGAGUGCUUCUUCGACAAAGUGUCCACCGGAACCAAACUCGGCCUCACCUUCGAGGUGGUCGAGGGAGGCUUCCUCGACAUCGACGUCAAGAUCACCGGUCCGGACAAUAAGGUGAUCCACUCGGAGGAGAGGGCAUCGAGUGGUAAAUACACGUUCGCCGCGCAUAUGGACGGCAACUAUCUCUACUGUUUCGGCAAUAAGAUGUCGACAAUGACGCCAAAAGUGGUGAUGUUUUCGAUGGACGUCGGCGACGCUCCCAAGACUGAGGAACAGCUCAAAGCACAAGACGCUAAUCACAACAAA